GAGCUUUGGUACGAAGAGGAUCCCUUUCCCUACCUUCCACCUUCAAAACUUGCACAGAAAUAUAGAAGCUUUCGGUUGGAAGGUGAGCAACUUCGAACUACCCGCACCUGACUCUUCUCGGCGGAAUUCCCAAUGCUGAUCCUCUCUCCUACACCACCGACCCCUCCGUCCCCAUCACUCUCCACCUUUCCACCCUGAAACGGCACCAUUCCUCUCUUCGCAACCGUAACGUCGUUGUUUCACUGAACGGAGACUCCGGUGUUCCGUUUCAAAGGUACCAUCUUUCUUCAUCAGCUCCAUUUCUGAUUCACUGAGUGAGCUCCAUUUUCCAAAUCAUGGAGAUCCCGGUGUUGCGGUAUCAAAACUUGGCGUUGGAUCAGAUCCAGAGCGGAUCCAGCUUCCAUUUUUCGUUCUCGGAUCCUAAGUUCUUAAGGCGGAGAUCGUUAUCUCUGUUUUCUGGGUACUGUUUCCAGUUCAAUCGACUAAAAUGGAGGAACCCAUUGCCGCAUAUCAGGUGUUCCUCAGUGGAGCAGGAGCUGAAGCCGCGCCCGAAGCCCGUGCCGUCGAAAAUCGACGUCGAUGAGCCCAAGGGAGCGCCUUUGGAAGAUACCCAGAUCGUUAAACGCAAUACUGGGCUGUGUAGUCAGAUCGAGAAGCUGGUUUUGUGUAAUCGGUACCGAGAAGCACUUGAAUUGUUUGAGAUUUUGGAGUUUGAAGGCGGGUAUGAAUUGGCGGGUAGUACUUAUGACGCGUUGGUGAGCGCUUGUAUUAUUUUGAAAUCGAUUAGGGGGGUUAAGAGGGUUUCUAAUUACAUGAUUAGUAAUGGGUUUGAGUUGGAUCAGUAUAUGAGGAACAGGGUGCUGCUUAUGCAUGUGAAAUGUGGGAUGAUGAUUGAUGCACGUAGGCUUUUCGAUGAAAUGCCUGUGAGAAACCAGGUUUCUUGGAACACGAUAAUCGGGGGCCUUGUGGAUUCGGGGAAUUUCAUGGAGGCCUUCCGGUUGUUUCUAAUUAUGUGGCAGGAGUUUUCUGAUGCUGGGUCACGGACUUUUGCCACCAUGAUUCGGGCAUCGGCUGGGUUCGGACUCAUUUUUGCUGGAAAACAGUUUCAUUCUUGUUGUUUGAAGAUGGGGCUAGGUGCUGAUAUAUUCGUGUCUUGUGCGUUGAUCGAUAUGUACAGCAAGUGUGGGAGUAUCGAAGAUGCUCAGUGGGUUUUUGAUGAGAUGCCACGGAAGACGACGGUAGGAUGGAAUACCAUCAUUGCAGGUUAUGCACUUCAUGGUUACAGUGAGGAAGCUCUGGGUAUGUACUAUGACAUGCGUGAUUCCGGUGUUAAGAUGGACCAUUUCACAUUUUCCAUGAUCAUAAGAAUCUGUGCAAGGCUGGCUUCACCGGAACAUGCUAAGCAAGCUCAUGCAGGUCUAGUUCGUCAUGGUUUUGGGUUAGAUAUAGUGGCCAACACAUCACUCGUUGACUUCUAUAGCAAAUGGGGAAGAAUAGAAGACGCUCGUCAUGUUUUUGACCAGAUGCCUCUCAAGAACGUAAUAUCUUGGAAUGCUUUAAUUGCUGGGUAUGGUAAUCAUGGCCGGGGCGAUGAGGCUGUUGAGAUGUUUGAGAAGAUGCUUCGGGAAGGAAUGGUACCUAAUCAUGUUACAUUUCUUGCUGUAUUGUCUGCUUGCAGUCAUUCUGGUUUAUCAGAACGUGGAUGGGAGAUUUUUGAAUCAAUGAGCAGGGAUCACAAGAUCAAGCCCCGGGCGAUGCAUUGUGCUUGUAUGAUUGAAUUGCUAGGUCGAGAGGGGCUUUUGGAUGAAGCUUAUGCACUAAUAAUAGACGCUCCCUUUGAUCCUACGGCAAAUAUGUGGGCUGCCCUGCUAACAGCUUGUCGAGUCCAUGGGAAUUUAGAGCUCGGAAAAUUUGCAGCAGAAAAACUUUAUGGGAUGGAACCUGAUAAGCUAAGUAAUUAUAUUGUGCUCUUAAAUAUAUACAACAGUUCUGGGAAGUUGAGGGAGGCUGCUGGUGUCGUUCAGACUCUAAGACGGAAAGGUUUGAGAAUGCUUCCAGCAUGCACUUGGAUCGAAAUUAAAAAGCAGGUGCAUAUUUUUCGUUCUGGAGAAAAAAGCCACGCCAAAACAAGAGAGAUCUACCAGAAAGUGGAUGACUUGAUAAGCAAGAUUACAGAACACGGUUACACCCCUGAGGAGAAGUAUCUACUUCCUGAUGUCGAUGAACAUGAGCAGACGUCGUUUUACCACAGCGAGAAACUGGCCAUCGCUUAUGGUCUGAUCAAUACUUCGGAUGGGACACCACUGCAAAUUGUGCAGAGCCGCAUUUGCGGAGACUGCCAUUCUGCAGUUAAGUUAAUUGCGAGGGUUACGGGAAGGGAAAUCAUAGUGAGGGACGCCAGCAGAUUCCACCAUUUCAAGGAUGGGAGUUGCUCUUGUGGAAAUUACUGGUGAUGGCAGAGUUAUUUACGUACUCCCCGUCUCUUGAUUCUGUUGCAAAAAAGAGAGGAGUGUAGGAGAGAAAAAAGGGAAUGAAAAUCACUCCACUCAAACUGUUGUACGAGUUCUCUCAGCCUUAGGGGUAAUACUGUUUGUUGUAAACAUAGAUUAAAGACCAAUGAAUAAAAUCAAGAUUUUUUUUCUUGUUCAUUUUGCUUGCAAAAA